GCACCCGUCUCACAGUCUGCGUGGAUCCAGCUCGACCAGGGGGACAGAUCCCAGGUGUAACACCCUUUGAGUGCAUUCCAAAAGAAGACACUGCCCGUGUGUUUCUGUAUGAGUGUGAGUGUGUGUUAGGCAGUGUUUCAAAAAUGACCGAAAGGUCUGCGGCAAAUGGACACAAAGUUUCUCUGAAUGGGACCCAGUUGGAUGCCCGUGGGAAGCUGCAGGACGAGGAUGACAGGAAGGUGGAGCUGGGGAAGAAAGUGACCCUGCUCCGAGGGGUCUCCAUCAUUAUUGGCACCAUCAUUGGAGCGGGGAUCUUCAUCUCUCCAAAGGGCAUCCUGAAGCACUCAGGCUCUGUAGGAAUGUCCCUGAUAGUGUGGAUUGCCUGUGGUGUGCUCUCUCUCUUCGGAGCGCUGUCCUAUGCUGAGCUGGGGACUUGCAUUAAGAAGUCCGGUGGACAUUACACAUAUAUAAUGGAAGCCUUCGGACCUCAGAUGGCUUUCAUAAGGCUAUGGGCUGAUCUCAUUGCUAUAAGGCCUGCAGGGAUGGCAGUCAUAUCUCUGGCCUUUGGCCAGUACAUCCUGGAGCCUCUGUUCAUGCCCUGUAACAUCCCCCCUAUUGCUGUCAAACUGACCACUGCCAUCGGCAUAACUUCUGUCAUUUAUCUGAACAGUAUGAGUGUCACAUGGACAGCAAGGAUUCAAAUCUUCCUGACCUUCAGCAAGCUGCUGGCCAUCGCCCUCAUCAUAGUGCCAGGAAUGUAUCAACUCUUCAAAGGAGAGACCAGAAACUUUGAGAACGCCUUUGAACUGAGCAACGUGAAGCUGUCGGGUAUGCCACUGGCCUUCUACUCUGGAAUGUAUGCAUAUGCUGGAUGGUUCUAUCUGAACUUUGUGACAGAGGAGGUAGAUAACCCUGAGCGGACUGUGCCAUUAGCGAUCUGUAUCUCCAUGACGAUUGUGACUUCCUGCUAUGUGCUGACCAAUGUGGCAUACUACACUGUGAUGUCAGCGGAGGAGCUCCUGGCCUCGCAGGCAGUCGCUGUGACGUUUGCAGAAAAGCUGAUGGGGAACUUCUCCAUAGCGGUGCCAGUGUUUGUGGCUUUGUCCUGCUACGGCUCCAUGAAUGGCUGCCUCUUCGCCUUGUCAAGAAUGUUCUACGUGGCAUCCCGUGAAAAGCAGCUCCCUGAGGUUUUGUCUAUGAUCCACGUCCGCAGACACACUCCACUGGCUGCUGUCCUCAUACUGUACCCUAUGACCAUGCUGCAGCUGUUUGUGGGAGACAUCUACAGCCUGUUGAACUUCAUGAGCUUCCUGCGGUGGCUGUUCAUUGGUGUGGUGGUGCUGGGUUUAAUCUACCUCCGAUACACAAAACCUGACCUCCCCCGACCCUUCAAGGUUCCGCUCUUCAUCCCAGUGGUGUUCUGCCUCACAUGUUUCUUCAUGGUCUUCCUGUCUCUGUACUCGGACCCGGUCAACACAGGGAUUGGAUUUGUCAUCUCCCUCACUGGCGUCCCCGCCUACUAUAUCUUCAUUUACUUUGACCACAGACCAAAGUGGAUUCAGAGGGCUUUAGAUUCCUUCAACAGAACCUUGCAGAUCAUCUUGAUGGUCAUCCCUGCUGAGCAAUAAGAGCAUGUUAUCAGAGUAUACAGCACGUAUACGGAGCUGAACACUAAGUCAGAAAGUCAAACUGGUUUUGUAUUCUCCAAAGGCUGGUUUAGCACAAAGGUUCAGGUAGGAGUGUCUCUGUUGAAUGUGAGUUACAUAAUCUGUGUUAUUAAAGGAUUAAGAUUUAUGUUACAAGAAGUGAAAAACAUCUUCUAUCUGCAUGUCAUUGUUUUUGUGACCACUGAUUAUUUAUGGAACAGUAAAUGAUGACUAUUUUCUUCUGAACAACCCAUCCUAACUGUGACUGUACAGAGCAAACCGCUGCACACGAUACAAACAUUAUCUGGACUAAUGUGAUUUCAUUAUAUAUGACCUGAUUCUUUGUUGAAAGGGCUGUCCCAUGUUAUCACUGUUUCCUUGAAUUCUAAGCAACCACAAACUGUCACAACUGAAGCAGGGUAACAGGACUGCAAAGAAGAGACCCAAAUGCAAACUACUGUAAUUGCAAGUGAGAACAGGUGUGUGGUUGGCUGGGGUGGUCAGGUCAUGGAGAAAGGAGAGGAAGUCAGAGGGCAUCUGGUGGGCAAGUGGUGGCUGAAGAGGGGGACCACCAUGGGGUCAGCUGCAGGGCCAUCAGCCAUAGUAGAAGGAUAGGUGGAGCACGAGGAGGUCAGGGUGACGGAGGUGUGAAAUAGUUAACUUCAACUCUGAUGAAAGAAACCCAAUACGUUUUAGCUACAAGUGAAAAAUUAGAAAACUUUUAACAAGAAUGAUAAUUUCAAGAUGUUUUAAUAGGGUUGCAGGCAGUAAAACCAAAAUGAUGAGCUAAAACAUGCCAAAAUGUCCCAUCAAACCAAGGGAAACUGCAGAGUUGGUGAUAGUUCUCAGUGAUUUUGGCGCUAUAUUUUCUCACAACCCACACAAUUAUUUAAUUCAUUGUUGACAAAGACGCAAUAAUGAAUAUUUUUAAGGGCCAUAUGCUAAAGCAGAGACAGUAAUCACCAGGGUAUAACAAAUACUUCAGAUUUCCGUCUGAGUCCAGGCAGCAGAAGCCAUGUUUUCUCUCAGGCUGUUGUGUCUCUCCUCCAGCAGGUGUUAGCAUGCAGAUGGUCCAGCCCUAACAUGAGGACCUUUGACGUUUCAUUCAACUAUUAUUAGAACUUUCCAUCACCUGCCUGACCUUAUGUGGACUCUCUGCUCCCCUGGUAGUCCACUCAGAUUUCACAUUAUCCAGUCAGACUGCAUCAGCACCACCCUCUUCCCUCCUGCAUCAGGAAUGAAGUGGCUAGGCCCUGUGUGCCGUGGAGUGGUUAGUCUGACUCCGAGGUGUGUGUGUGUGUGUGUGUGUGUGUAGCGUGCAGGCUGCUGAUGUGGCUGCUCUCCAUUCCCCCUGGGUGGGAUUUGCAGGUAAUCUGUCUGUGUAACCGCUGCCCUGUGGCACACUGCAUUCCCUCUCAGCUCUGUGUCCUGUAAAUGGAGGGCUUUUACUGCUGAUGAGAGGAUGGCAGGAUGGAGACAAAAUGCCCGGGAGCUUCCACUUUAGUGCUGAGCCAUAAAAAAGCUGGCUUAAAGUCAGCUAGCAUUAGCCUUUGUGUGAGCAAAGCUAGCUGUGCCCACACUGCAGGCAUACGGACCUUUUACCACCCUGCUGAUGGUUCGCUGGCUGUCAGUGCUCAGGCUGGAGUGUUACAUUAACAUUUAUUUAAAUGACUUCACAUGAGCCUUAAUUACCACAUGAAGGGCAACCCCAUUUCAUAACGCUUCACACAGACCUCUCCAGCUACAGUGAAGUGUUGCCACAAAAAACAAUAAAGUAGAGAAAUGCAAAAAAAAAGAAGAAGAAAAAAGGAAAAAAAAGGAAGGUCACGCCAAAGAUAGAGCCUCUUUUUGACUGUCCACUGUAAGUCUGACAGCGUUAUUUCAGUGGAAUACUAAAUCUGUGUAAAAAAUGAUUGUAAUCAAGAACACCUUAAAGCAAUCAGGUCAUGUGAGACAUAUUAAAUUUAAGAUGCUGAAUUCAAGGCAACUCUGUGUUAGCUGUUCUAAACUUCCCACAUCCAACAUACUUGUGUUUAGGUUGUUUUAGGGUAUUUUAUAUUCAUGCUUUGACAGCACCCAUCAAAGUGGGCACACAGUAUACAGUUAAUGUACGUCACUUGCUGUGCCAUUUUGAGGCUACAUUAAUUACAGCUUUAAAUUCUGUCACUGGCACAUCCCUUUAAAUUCAUAUCAUAAAACAGUUGCCAAAUCCCUGAACAUCGUUAAAAGAUGACAGUGAAUGUGGUGGACAUACGGUCCAGAUAUGAGACCAAAAAGCACAUUUUCACAGAACAGUUUCUGUCCAUUGAAUAAAACUACAACAAUCUCAAAACCAAUUUAUGUAUUAAGCGUCGUCUAUUGGAACUACAGCCCACAGCACUGGUCACUACUAUCUAUCAGCUUCUCAUAGCUCUAAUAGAAUAGUCUGAAGAGCAGGCUUCAAACUCCAAUAGACGUAGAAUAGCUCCAGUACGCCACUUAGUCCCCCAGUUCCCAUGAAAGCUCCAAGUUGACAUAUUUCUGAACAUGUAGCGGUUCACACUGCAAGCACUAAAACCACAUUCAGCUGAAUCCUGGAGGGAGCACAACACUGCCUCCUCUCCACUGAAAACAACAGCAAAAAGAAGUCAGCACCAUAAAACAGAGUUCCCAGUGGAUGAGCACGCUAAGAACAUACAGCAUAACAUCACACUCCACUUCCCAACCACACAUCACCACAUCUGAGCUCCUCAUCAAAGCCAACAAAUAAGGGCUCAAACACUCUAUUUUUACACUCUGAAAACACGUUUUUAUUAAAACACAGAGGAAACUUCCAAAUGUGAAAAUAAAGGUUUGAUGAGGCGUGACCUUUUCUUCUCACCUCUGAACAACAAGAAGGAGAUAAUUAACACACCAAAGAAUUUAGCUUCAAGAUGCAAAAAAAAAGCCAAUCUACCCAAAGGUUUGACACGUGUCUUCUCAUGUAGGUGUGUGCAUGUGUGUGUGUGAUGAAACGGUUCUAUUACCACACAGUGUCAGCUCGAGGAGCGUUCAUGCUGCUCGCUGAGAGAUAACAUACACACCAAUAUCCACACAUACACACACACCAGCACUGAUACAGAGGAAAUGCCAGGAGUUGGCGCAGUACCAAAGACCAAGGCUCUCUCUCUCACAUACACACACACACGCACUCACUCACAACUGAGUGAAUAGUGUGCCAGAGUCCUGGCUGCAGGCCAAGAGAAGCAGAGACAGAGACAGAGAGAAAGAGAGACAGGCAGAAAAAGGAAAGAGCUGGACUACUUUCUGAGGAGGCAUCUGAGGAAACACACCAGCCUGCAAUCACAGUGAAAGUCGGCCAGUAUGCAGUGUGUGAUGUGACUGAGGUACCCACCUGAGACACCACACACACCCAGCUGAGAAUGUGUUUAACACAUAGCAUCAAAGGAGCAGGAGAAACAGCAUUUGAUCGCAUAUUAAAUAAACAGUUUAAAGGAUACGUCUGCUUUCAUACAGCUUUUUUUUUUCUUUUGGCCCUCAGUCGUAUUCGAGAUGUAACACAGAUCUGUGAACACGGUAACAUCACUGGAAAAAAAACAGCAAGGGAACCGUCGUCGCCAUGGCUGAAAGAAAUCAUUAGAUAAGAUUAGGUAAAGAUUGUGUUUAACAGGCUGGAGCAGUCACACACACUUCCACAAAACUUCAGCAGGAUAAGUGCUGGAUACCAAACCUGUGUUGAGUUGGAACGUCAUUAAUGAAAAGCUCUGAUUUCAGUAUAGGAGUAUUUUUCCAUUGCGGUUAAAAGAAGCCUGGACGACAGGAAGCAGACAGCAGUCUCUCGUGUUCAUCACACUUCGCUGCCUACAAGCUUUUGUUGGCUCUGUAACAACGUCAUGCUACUUAUUCAGCCCUCGAACUCCUCAUGUACGAGUUGACGGGCAAAACAAAGCUAUUACUGAAAUGUUCAUUCUUUUCGUGAGACUACUCCAUGUCUAAAGUGAAGAGCAUUCUCAAUGCCAGCCACGUGCCCCCGGCCUCCGAACUGACCAGGCUAUACACUCUCCAGCCCCUAACACACACCCCUGAUCCUGCUGCAUCUGUGGGCUCUCUGUGGCAAAUGAGCCAGUCUGCAGUCCAAAGUAAAGACUGUAACUACUGCAUUUGAUGAGGCAAGAUAUCUAUGUUCCUAGAUUUUGUAAGCAAGGGUCUUACUGUACAGUCAGUGUGGGUCAAUAGCCAUCAGCUGGUCAUCAUGUGUUCAGUCGGCUGCCUUGGGCUUAGCAGUGCCACUUUUUUGCCUGUGUCAAUGUGAUGCUUAUGAAGCACUUCAUUAAAAACUAA